GGGCGGCGGCGGCGGCGCUCGCAUGGAAGCUGGGUACGCACGUGUGAGGGGUUAGGGCUCGUGGCGCGGGUUGGGGCGUGCGUGGACGGUCGUUAGGGCGGUUAGAGCUGUUGGUCUGCCCUCAGGGCUCGGCGCCGCAUUCAGAGAGGCCGCCCCGUGGGAAGCUGGUGGCCCGGCGCCUCUCCGCGGGGUUGGGUCUGUGGAGCGUGGUGCUCAACCCUGAUACGGCCGGUCCCUCCCGGAUAGGCAUUGCCGUAGAAUCGUUAAGGAGGCAGUAGAGAAUGUCCUUUCGUGGAAGAGGAGGUGGUGGCGGAGGACGAGGAGGUGGCGGAAGAGGAGGAGGUGGCUUUAAUCGUGGAGGAGGUGGCGGUGACAGAGGCGGCUUUAAUCGUGGUGGACGAGGUGGCUUUGGACGGGGAGGUGGACGAGGAGGCUUCAACAGAGGCGGAUAUGACCAGGGCCCUCCGGAGAGGGUAGUUUUACUGGGGGAGUUCAUGCAUCCGUGUGAAGAUGAUCUCGUUUGUAAAUGUAAAACAGAAGAAAACAAAGUGCCUUAUUUCAACGCACCAGUAUACUUGGAUAAUAAGGAACAGAUUGGCAAAGUGGAUGAAAUCUUUGGGCAGCUACGAGACUUUUAUUUUUCAGUGAAGCUGUCUGAGAACAUGAGAGCCUCUUCAUUCAAAAAAAUGCAAAAGUUUUACAUUGAUCCAGCAAAACUGCUCCCCCUUCAGAGAUUUUUACCAAGGCCUCCUGGAGAAAAAGGUGCUCCUCGAGGAGGUGGUAGAGGAGGACGUGGCGGAGGACGUGGAGGAGGAAGAGGUGGUGGUAGAGGAGGAUUCGGAGGAGGAAGAGGUGGGGGAAGAGGAGGAGGAGGAGGAUUCAGAGGAGGUGGAGGAAGAGGCGGGGGAGGAGGAGGAUUCAGAGGAGGAAGAGGAGGUGGAGGAGGUUUUAGAGGGAGCGGACAUUAAAAAUGGAGCAAUGAGAAUCUUCCUGCUGACUUACCGUGUUAUCUGCAGUAGUGAAGAGCAAGAAAAAAAAACUAUGAAAGACCACGAAAAAGUUGUUUGUAAAGAACUGGAAGCUAUGAAAUGACAGUUAAUGACUGUUUGUCAAUGCAUGAACAGAGUACGUAGCCCUUGGCGAAGAACGGAGGAAUGCUCAGAACAUACUUGAACUUUUUUAACUAAGACAAGGUUCAAUGUUAUUCUUAAAUUGUUUGUUUCUGGCAAAUGACUUUGUCAGUGCUUGACUUCAUGUUGGAGUCUGGAGUAAACCAUCAACUGAAACUUUUCUUUAUGAGAAACCCCUUUGGGUUCACUGCAUGCACAUUUGUCAGUAUGAACUUGUAACCUCUGUGUGACUUGGAUAAGAUCCCUUGUUCUCAUUGUUUUACAUGGAGACUUUUGGGUCACCCUAAAAAUGACGUGCAGUUUAAAUAACCUUUAUGGACCAUUUUUUACAAACUAAACUUCAGAUUUUUUUUGUCAUUAGAACUUUUUUUAAUGCAAAAUAAUAAAUAUGAGGAAAGGAAGAUAGCAAAGAAUAUUUUGUAGAUUCGUCUCUCUGAAUCUUAAUGAAAGCCAAAGGCAUUAAGACACAUUCUUAGAAGAUACUAUCUGAUGAGUAAUACAGAGUUAAUUCUAUUCCAAGGUCACCUCAUUGUAUCUAAUUUCACUGGUAAUAAAAUUGCUAAGAGUUUUUAA